GGCAGGAGAAGUGGUGCGGCUCAGAAGACAAAGGCUGGAGACCCUCUUGGUUGUAGCUGAACAUGGGAGGGGAUGUGAAGCGAUUCACACGCAUGCUACUGGAAUGCAGCAGCAAUGACAAGCUCUGUGUUGUGCGUGAGUACCAGACGGAAGUGAUCGUAGUCCCAGCUCUCCUGGUGGGGUUUUUUGUCAUCCUGCUCACUGUCAUCCUUUGGCUCCACUGCCGAGGCUUGAGAGCAAAGCAGCAGCAAGCAGCACCACCUGGACACCCAGUGAAUGCCAAGAAUCAGCAAGAAUCCAGCUCCACAGAGAGCCACUACAUUCAGCUAAGUGAGGCACCUGUGGAGGCCCUGCUGAACUCUGCAUCCUGGGCUCUGAAAGACCUGGAGAUACCACGAGGGAAACUGUCAGCAGGCAGCCUGCAGCUAAUAAAAGAUGGCCACUAUGGGAGCAUCUACAGAGCACAGCUGGAAACUGGGAGCCCUGGCAAGACCAAGAGUGUGGUACUGAAAGCCUUACACGGCCAGGCUGGUCUCCAGGAGGUAAAGGAUUUCCUGGGAAGGAUUAAAUUCCAUCAAAAUCUUGGCCAUCAUGAGAACCUGGUUGAAUUGGUUGGGUGCUGUGUAGACCAGCUCCCACUUUAUAUGGUCAUGGAAGAUGUGUCCCUUGGUGACCUGUUGAAUUUCCUAUGGACAUGUAGGAAGGAUGUGAUGCCCAUGGAUGGUAUCCCCUGUGACCUCACUGAGAGGCAAGUGUAUGAGGUUGGAAGGCAGGUUGCAGCAGCUCUGGCUUACCUUGAAGAGAAGAAGUUGUUCCAUGGUGACAUUGCUGCCAGGAAUGUCCUGCUUCAUCACAACUUCACUGCCAAGCUCUGUGGUUUAGGUCUGGCCUAUGAAACUCACAAGUGUGGUGCCAACUCAGUCACACAGAUUGUGCCAGUCAAGUGGCAGGCACCAGAGAAGCUCCUGAAGAAACCCCCCAGCAUCAAGGCAGACAUAUGGUCUUUUGGAAUCCUGCUGUAUGAAAUGAUUACAUUAGGUGCUCCACCCUAUCCUGAGGUGCCACCUUCUGACAUUUUGUCCUACCUGCAGAGACAGAACAUCAUGAAGCAGCCUUCAAACUGCCAGCACACCAUGUACAGCAUCAUGAAGUCCUGCUGGCAGUGGAAUGCAACUAAGAGGCCCUCUCCAGCAGAACUGAUCCAGGCCCUACAGACAGCUGUGAAGACCAGCAAUGACCACGCAGUGCUGCAGGUGCCUGAGCUGAUGGUGCCUGAGCUCUAUGCUGAUAUUGCUGGUGUGGAUGUGCACAGUUUAAUGACAGAGUACACAAUACUCUGAAGGACCUUUUCACUGCAGAAGCUUCCGAGUUUGCCCUUUCUAGGCAGUUUGCAAGCUUAGGUGUGGAAUAUCAGACUUCUGUGCCAAAACCAACAAACUAUUAUCAUGAUGAUGAUUAAAUCAGCCUGUUGAUAUUCUGCCAGUGGUCAUUUGAGAGAAAAGUGAGUUCAGGAAACUGUAGGAAAUGUCACCAGAAACCUGAGUUAAAACAGUGUAUUUGGUUUGACUGGCAAGGGUUUGGUAGCAGAGGGAGCUGCAAGAGUGGCUUCUGUGAGAAGAUGCCAGAAGCUUCCCCUAUGUAACCAACAGAGCCAGCUGCAGGCAGCUGAAAGAUGGACUCACCACUGGCCAAAGCUAAGCCCACUGGUGAUGCUGGCAGCACCUCUGUGAUAACAUAUUUAAGAAAUGGUAAAAAAUUCUGCACAAGAGCAGACAGGAGAGAGAGCAGUGAGAGCACGCGAGAUCAACAGCCCUGCAGACACCAAGGGCAGGGGAGAAGGGGAUCAAAGAGGUACCCCAGGUGCUGGAGCAGAGGUUCCCCCACAGCCCAUGGUGAGGGAGACCAUAGUGAGGCAGGUUGUUCCUCUGCAGCCUGUGGAGGUUAAUGGUGGAACAGAUAAUCCAUGGACAGCCCAUGGAGGACCCACACUGGAGCAGGUGAAGCACCUGCAGGAGGUUGUGACCCCGUGGAAAGCCCACCCUGGAGCAGGCUUCUCACAGGACCUAUGGCCUCGUGGAGAGAGCACCACAUGCUGAAGCAGGAGAAGAGCAUGAGGAGACCUGGCCCUAAGGAGGAAGGAGGGGCAGAGCUGGUGUGUGCUGGGCUUCCCAUGGCCCCCUUGCCCAUCCCCCUUCGCUGCACAGGUGGAGGGGUGGAGAAAGCAGGAGUGAAACAGGAAGGUGGGUUCAACAUUUGGGCUUCUCCUCAGCCUACUUUGAUUGGCAAUAAAUGAAAUUCAUUUUCCCACAUGGAGAGA